UCACCAUCACCAUCACCAUCAUCAUCACCAUCAUCAUCAUCGUCAUCACCAUCAUCAUCAUCAUUACCGUCACCGUCAUCGUCGUCACUAUCGUCGUCACCGUCAUCAUCAUCAUUACCGUCACCGUCAUCGUCGUCACCAUCGUCAUCAUCAUUACUGUCACCGUCAUCACCGUCACCAUCAUCAUCAUCAUUACCGUCACCGUCAUCGUCGUCACUAUCGUCGUCACCAUCGUCGUCACUGUCACUGUCGUCACCGUCACUGUCGUCGUCGUCACCGUCACCCUCCCCAGAGCGGCGCCCAGGCCGGGCUCGGGUGCCAGCUGGCUCCCUUCCGCCCCAGCACGCAGACAGUGGCCGGCCACGUGUAGGGUGGCAGCAGAAGCCAUUCUCUUCAGCGCUGCCGUCGGCCCCCUGCCGCAGGGAGCGCAGGGCCCUGCGUGGCCCUGCCAAGUCCUCAGUGGAGACACCAGGCCAGGCUCGGCCUGCGUGUGGCAUCGGUGGGGGCCCCCGGCUCGGCUUGCGUGUGGCAUCGGUGGGGGCCCCCGGCUCGGCCUGCGUGUGGCAUCGGUGGGGGCCCCCGGCUCGGCCUGCGUGUGGCAUCUGUGGGGGCCCCCGGCUCGGCCUGCGUGUGGCAUCGGUGGGGGCCCCCGGCUCGUGUGGCAUCGGUGGGGGCCCCCGGCUCGGCCUGCGUGUGGCAUCGGUGGGGGCCCCCGGCUCGGCCUGCGUGUGGCAUCGGUGGGGGCCCCCGGCUCGGCCUGCGUGUGGCAUUGGUGGGGGCCCCCAGCACCUCAGCGUGUCCCUGAGGAGUGACCACCAGCUUCGCAGCCAGGCUGCGGCAUCCUGCCCACCCCGAGACCCCGUGCUCGGCUCUAGGGGUCACUCACUUAGCAUGCCCUUGGCCACCAGUGCUGGCCGAUCUCUACACUUGCGGUGGUGGUCUCAGGCCUCCGCCCUGGCCACCUCAUGGAGCCAUGUAGACCCCGGAUGCCUGCGUGAUGCUCUGGCUCUGGAACUCAGCCCUGGAGACCGCUGCUGGCCACAGGACCCUUGUACAAAGGAAAGACAGAUGACAGCCAUCAUCAAUGACCAGUCCGGCCACCGGCUGAGCAAGGAGCAGAGAUGUGGAUUCCAGCUGCAGACCCUAUCCGCCACUACCCACCCCAGCUGCCAGCACGGCUCAGGGGAGCAGGCGGUGCCCCGGGACCCUGUGUGCAAAGUGGGUGCAGGCACGGUGUCCCCACACAUUGUAACGAGGGGCAGUAAGAAGCAGAAACCCCCAGAGCCCAGCCAGGCUCUCCCCGAGGGCCUGGACACCGUGCAUCAUGGUCCCAGCUCCCCUCGCCCUAGCUGCUUCCGGAAGCUUCCCCACUUCCAGCUGCUGCUCUGA